UCGUGGUCUUCUGAACUUGUCGCCUGGUGCACGCUUCUUGUCCUCUUCCAUUCAUCGCUGCUUACCAACUUUUCGUUUUCUCUAACAUCACUCUCUGAAAGAGACACUUUCACUGUCAAACAAAUUCCAUUCCCAGAGAGAAUGGAGAAAAAGGCUUUGAUAGUGUGCUGCGUCGUUGGCUUCCUCGGAUUGUUGGCGGCUGCAACUAGCUUUGCUGCUGAAGCGACAAGGAUUAAGGCUUCUCAAGUGCAUUUUGUUUCUAUCAAUCAGUGCACGUAUCCUCGAAGUCCUGCCAUGGCUCUUGGUUUAAUUGCAGCUCUGGCUCUUAUGAUAUCUCAAAUAAUCAUAAAUGUUGCAACUGGGUGUGUUUGUUGCAGAAGAAGUUCCCAAAUCCCAGAUUCCAACUGGAAGGUAGCACUGGCCUGCUUUGUUUUGUCCUGGUUCACAUUUGUAAUUGGUUUUCUGCUGUUGCUUACUGGUGCUGCACUGAAUGAUCAACGAGGUGAAGAGAGUGUGUACUUUGGGUACUACUACUGCUAUGUGGUGAAAGCUGGAGUUUUUGCAGGGGGUGCAAUUUUAUCCCUUGCAAGUGCUGCAUUUGGAAUUGUGUAUUACAUUUCUCUAACUGAGAAAAAGAAUGGUAUCCAAUACCCAUAUCCCAACCAAGGGGUCAUAGCCAUGGCACAACCUCAGAUUCCAUCUCAGACUAAUCAAGAUCCAGUCUUUGUGCAUGAAGACACAUACGUUAGACGACAGUUCACAUGAUUCCUAUUACUGCUUUAACCAAAACCCUAAUUCUAAUAUUUAGGGUUUGUAUGUGCAUAUGCUUCACUUUUGAGAGGGAAAUUGUGCUUUUGGCUGUGUUUAUAAUUGGAUUUGUUAGAACUAUUUAGCAGGAGUAGCUUUGGAUAUCAUGUUUAAAGAGACCUACAUUUAUUAUGUAACCUAUAAGUAUCAUCUUCUAACUUCAGAGAAUUAAAGUAUAAACUAAACAAUAUUGUAAUAUUUUACCUAUAUCUUAUAUUUUACUUGCACUUUCCGUAA